CAAAUUGGUACUAAUAGAAGGGCUGGGCUCAACUUCAUAUUUAGGCCCAUACUCAAUUACGGAAAGGUUUGUUUCCUUUUUUAAUUGGGUAAAGAGUUUGGUUAGUUUCCUGAUACAAGUAGGGGAUGUUGCUUGUGACUUGCGAGACAAGGAAAGAGGAAAUCACGAUGAGGGUGAGCAAAGAAAUUACCGGAGGAGGCCACAACGAAGAAGUGUGGAAACAAUCGAGUGGACGCUUUGGCACCACAAGCAGUUCGUGGACACCAUGAUCCGAUUAGAAUUGGAUGAUCUCAGAAUCCGUACAGCCAGGUGGACGAUCCUGAUUGUGGAGCUCAUGAACAACGAGGCCUUGAGGCUUUUUCCGCGGUCAACUCUCUUGACCCACAUCUCCAACUUUCAGCGUUUCCAGAAAAUCCUUGCUCGCGGUUUUCAGAAAACUAGCGCUCACAGUGCUUUGAUGAGAGACUUUGAACGACUUAACAUUAAUAAGAAGAAGGAGGAGGAGAAGGAGGACGACAUGUCGUUUUCAUGGAAACUGGAGCAUCAUAAGAAGUUUGUGGAGGCAGUGAUCCAGUUGGAGUUGGGCCAGGUAAAGGUAACCCCAAAGGGCAUUCUGAAGCUGAUGGACGAGAAGCACCGCCGGGGCCUCACCGUUCGAGCAGUGAAGAAGCAUCUCUGGGGAUUAAAGGUUUUACAGAAAAAGACUCAAAUAUCACAUGUUCAAACUCAAUUAUCACAUUCUCAAACUCAAUACUACGCCAAAUUGGAGGAGGCCAGAGGAAUGAAAGAAAUCACCCAUACGUUAUCUAAUGUGAAUAUCUCUCUUGUCACGCGACCGAAUGCGAAUAUCUCUCAGGUGAAGUGAAGUGACUAGUGUGAUUGUGUGACUAAACUGGUUAAUGAGAUGUAUGUUUUAUUAAUUCAAUAGAAAUACUAUUCAGUUAUGUUGAAACUCUUUGUUGUGGGUAAUCAUUCAGUUUUUGAAACUUACCAUUCAAGAACUCAUCUUUUGAAUGUA